CGCCAGACUGUCAUAAUUUUUAGUUCGUGUUUUCUUCACACAAGCUUCUGCGACAUUCGAAAGCAAUGCCCAGGUUGUUCCUCAGCCAGAAUUAAAUACUCGAAGGCAGAGUACUGACUUUGCUUCACGUGUUUUGUGAGCGCGACGGGGACGAAAGGCGGAAUUCAUUGAAUGCCGUUCGAAAGCGACGAAGCUGAAGGCUUGAACGCGAACGCGACGACGACGUCUGAAUCGGAAUGUCCUCCAGAACGCCUCAGCACCUGCAAUAAUUACCAAUUUGCACUAGACAGCACUGUCCCCGACUUCGCGAACUUCCCCAGAAGUUUCAGUUGUUUUUGUUGUCGCAUCGAGAACCCUUUCCAUCCUGCACUGACCUCCCCUCCCAAUGAGCCUAUGACGGGCAAUGAAGGCGCGACUGUCACCGAAACACCCAAACUUCGGAGCAGUUCUGUAGACCAAACGGGCUAUGAGAAGCGAAUGGAGGACUUGACGCAAAAACUGAAGGAGCUGGAGCACAGCAACAAUGAGCUCAGAAAGCGACUGGAUGAGGCAGUGGAGGAGAAACAGGAGGCGUACUGCCGACUCGAGGUGAUCAGUGUAGCCCACGAGAGCCGGAUCACGGAGAUGCAUUGCGUGAUAGCGGAGUUGAGUAAGAAACUGCGAGCCAAACAGGACGCCACCAUAGCAGAGGAAAGCGAGCAGGAAGGCAGUGAAUUAAGUUUCCAAUGUGAGAGUGCCCGAGAUUCUGAAGCUGGCGGAGAAUCCGUUGCUGACAACAAAGUCGAAGUGGACGAAGCAUCCCCUGAGCCACAAACAGAGCCACCUCUGCCAUCGAUACCUGCACACAAAAAUCAAGUAGAGGCCUUACAAGAGGAAGUUUUACACCUCAAAGCGCAAAUUGCAUUCUUGCAGUCACAAAUAGCAAAUGAAAAUGAUUCUAGUCCGGAAGCACAUCAGCAAACUAAUAAUAAGGAUCUGUAUCAGGACGAGACUGUGGACGCAACCUACGAUAAUGCCAACGAUCCGAAGACGGAAUACGAAAAUUGGAAUCUCCUUCAAACUCAGCUGGCUGACGAGGAGAUGCUUGGACAGCAAUACAUAUUAACAAAAGAAAACAUUAACCAAGUAGGCAAACAACAAUCUUCAGCUCCCAUAACGAAAGUAGCUGAGCGAGUGAAACUUCGACGUACUAUCGAGGAUACAUCUUUAACUGACAGCGCUGUCUUGAGUAGUGGAGUUAAUCCCAUAGAAGUAGUAGAGAAUCUAAUGUCGAGUAUUAUUCAACCUGAAAAUAUAAUUGAGGAUGAAAUCAGCACAUCCGAAUUAAAAAUAGAAGUACAAAGACUGCAACGUCGUGUGGAUAAUCUAAAGGCUCGAAAUUCUGUAUUAACAUUAACUUUGAAUGAGUGCAAGAGGCACUGCGAGCACCUUUAUCUAUUAUGUGGGAAGUAUGAAUCCAACGCAAUUGCGUUACAAGCUGCACUGAAUUGUAGUGAUCGUGCAAUAGAGGCCUAUGAUGUAAUGUUAGCGUUGCUUGAAAGCAAACUGGCAUUGCUGAAAGACAAAUCAAUAGCAGCUCAAGAAAGUCGACAUGCAGUGGAAGCCGUUGCCCGACAUCUCUUGGACCGCUUGGACAGCGAAAGAAGUUUUAAUGAAAACAGUUUAGGACCCUGGCAAAAUACUGUUUGUAUUAGCAAUUCUCAGAUUAUAGAUCCAUGGACACAAGAAGAUGACAAUCGCCUUCGGAAUCAUGUCUCAAAAUUGAAAGGCAGGCGCUCAACAAUACAAAACACAGUGGUAACUUUCGAGUCGCCAUUCUACACGGAACCAGAAAUAAGUAAAACGUUCACAGACUUUAGCAAAGAGGCCGUCCACGAAAAUCCACAAGUUGAUUUGGAAAUGGCAGUUCUUAUGCAGGAAAUGUUAAGUUUACGAGAAGACGUGAUAGAAACGCGUCAAAAAGCUGAGCGUACAGAACGUGACAAACAUAUCGCAUUCGAAAAAGUUCGCUUACUGCAAGAUGCUUUGAGCCAACUUCAGGCUCAUUUAACUGAAUCGGAAGUUCUUGUAGAUCUUGCCACAAAGAACCGUUCAUCAUAUUCUGAGGUAGAUCAUGCAGCUGUGAUUGAACGACAAUUGAUAGAAGCCCUGACUAGAGAGUCACAAUUAAAGAGUCGAAUCCAGUCAUUGAUUGGAACCGCCUCAGUCACAAAGAAGACUUCAGAAGAAAAAUACACGAAAGUACAAAAUAAUUUGACAGAAUUACAGAAAGCAAAUCUAAAUUUAUCUCGCUCGCUAGAACUUCACAAGCGAAAGUAUCAAACUCGAAUUAAACGAUUGGAACAGAAGAUCAUGGAAUUAAAUAGGAUUAUAAGCCAGCAGCAGCAAUGUCCGGCGGACAACAUACCAGAGACCACUCUGUAACACCACACAGUUAUCUCAAAUAUAUUGUUAACACAUCCUUAAAGUAUUAGGCAUAAAUAUAAAUAUUAUAUAAAGUUAAAUGGCUUAAAGCGACAAACAUGUUAAUUGUACAAAAGAAAUUUAAGUUAUACAGAAAAA